UUCAACAUACCCCCGCCCAUUUGGGCUUUUUAUUCAAGCCUCAUGCCAUGUCUUUAGAUCACUACUCCUAUAUGAAUCACACUGAUUUUUUUUGACAAAAACACAAUCACUCUAAUUCCAACAAGCUCAUUCUAUGUUCCAGUUACACUCUCUGAUAAUGGCCAAGGGAGCUUCUUUGUGCCUCUUGUACCUCUCUUUUCUCAUCAUCUCAUGUUCUGGAGACACUUCAACUUCUACAUCUUCUGGAACCAUAUCACUCCUUCACCAAAACGAGGUUUCCCCAUCUCAAGUUAGUGAAAGGGUGUCCAAAUAUCUAGAAGCAAGAGAAAGAAUGGCUGCAUUGUAUGCAGAAAUGCACACAACAGAAGAUUUUGCACUGAAAGAGCUCAAAAGGGAAGAGAUAUCAAGAAAUUUCCUUAGAAGAAGAACCUUAGAUGACACAAACAACCCAACAAACACAGUUUUCCCCACAAAUCCAACUACACCAAUCAUCACACCCCCAGAUAAUACACCAACCAUCAUUGCAGUUCCUUCCACAAACCCUGUCACAAUUUCCCCCACAAAUCCAGCUGCAGUUCCUGCAACAGUUACUCCAACCACAAAUUUACCUUCACCUCCCACAAAUCCAACAUUUUCACCAGUUCCAGUAACCAAUCCAGCUACAACCCCCACAACAGUUCCAGUAGCACCACCAGUAACACCAACAACUCCCACAACAGUUCCAGGAGCACCACCAGUAACACCUUCUUUUCCACCUCCAUCAGGAAGUGUUCCUGUCAUAAACCCUCAACCUCCUCCUGCAAACACAAAUAACCCUCCUUCCACUCAGGGGCAGAGUUGGUGUGUUGCAAAGACAGGAGCUCCACAAGCUUCCCUUCAAGCAGCCCUGGACUAUGCUUGUGGAAAGGGUGCAGAUUGUGCUGCUUUACAACAGGGUGGAAGUUGUUACAGUCCUGUUACUUUGCAAAACCAUGCUUCUUAUGCCUUCAACAGCUACUAUCAGAAGAAUCCAGCUCCAACAAGUUGUGAUUUUGGAGGGGCUGCCACCUUAGUUAACACCAACCCAAGUUCAGGAUCUUGCAUUUUCCCAUCAUCAUCAUCAGCAUCAGCAACAACGCCAAUGACACCAUCUCUAACACCACCUACACAAUCAACUCCUCUGAGUCCAACAAUAGGUGCACCAUCAACUCCUAAAUCACCUACUCCACUAUCAAUUCCUACAGCUCCACCAACAACACCCUCAGGAUCCAGCACUUUUGGCUAUGGCACUCCACCUUCAGUGUUGAAUUCAAGCAACCCAGCCUCAGGUACCAUGCCAGAUUUUGGGACUGAUAGCCCUCCCAUUGUGAAUACCACAUCAACCUCACAUUCCAUUGGUCUGAAACCUUUCACUGGCUGCAUUGUUCUGAUGUUAUCAUUUGUCGCUGCGAGACUCAGUAUGUGCCAGUAGAGUUCACAAACAAGUUUAUAGAAAGACAGUGGACUGGUCUUGCAACAUUGCAUGCAGUAUUAAGGUGAAGAAAAGGUGCAUGAUGGUAGCAGCUUCAUCAAUGUGCUAAACUUUAAUUUAGGUGAAGAUGAAAACCUGUAGAAUUAGCUGCAAGCUAUGGUUUCUAGGUUGCACAACAGACUAUGGUCAAUAUUGGUCAUGUAAAUAUAUUGAGAGCUUAGGUACUUUAUAUUUUGGUAUAGGGCUUAGUAAUUUCUUACAUUUUGCAGUAUGUAGUUCAGGUAAAUUGGUCAGGGUUGUUUUCACAACCGGUUUGCAUAAAUGGGAGGAUUGCUAUUGAUAAAAAAAACUUAAUCCAUUUCAUAUUAAUGAAAAUAGUCCAUUAUGAUU